AACUGGCAAUCAAACGAAACCGACAGUGAUCAGAAUCUGGGAUUUAGUCGACCUCAUAAACCGAAACAUUUUUUUGUAAUUUAAUUGUUUUAACAACCCGUCCCUGCAUUUGUCUAUUCCGGAAAACCCUAUAUUAGUGUAUUUAUAUCUUCCGGAAUCUGAUCUUUAAAUUUUAAUCAUGGUGAAUCCAAGGCGUUCCAAGCGCCUCAAUCCACUAGGAAUAGCUGGUGUCCAGACAUCGCGGGGACGGGGAAGAGGCGGCGGACGGGGUGGUGCGCGUGGCAAGGGCCGUGCAGCGGUGAUCGAUGCCCGCGCCAACAUCAACCAGCGUCAAGCGAGGGGCGGCCGACGCGGACGGGGGAUGGGUGUCCGAUCGCGGCUGGGUGGACGGAUCAGCGAUGCCCGACAGAUUCUGGAUUCGCAGCAAGCAGCGCGCGGCGGUGGUGGUCGCAGCGGUCGCGGGACUCCAAGUCGUUCCCGGAUUUCACGCCCUUCUGCCGUUGCCGCCGUGCUGAACAGUUUGAGCUUAACCACCACAUCCGAGCGGAAUGUGUUCAGCCAGGCCGUGCGUGCAGCAAUGGCUCCCGUCAUUGCUCCCUUACUGAGUCGCGGAAGCACAACAACAGUCACAUCCGUUCGUACUCCCGGCAACACCGGAAAUGGUCCGUGUGCGCUGCGCGUGGCGAAUCUGGCACAGACGGUCACCGUCAGCGAUUUAAACGAUCUCUUCAGCACCUACCCAAGCUAUGUCAGUGCUGAUUUCGAGGCCGGAGGCAUCGCGGUGGUGCGUUUUGCCAAGCGGGAUGCCGCCGAAGUGGCCAUGGAGGAGUACAACAAUCGCGAGCUGGAUGGCCGCACAAUGGUGAUCCAGCUAGAUACCGCACCCAGCGCCGCCAGCCACGGCGCCAUGUCUCGCCUGGGUCCGAAGCCUUCUCUAAGCUAAAAAAUCUGUUUUUGCAGCAAUAUAACGUGCACACUGAGGACUCUUUUCCACUGUAUGCGAAAGAGGUCCGGUUUUUACACAGUUUUUAAUGCUUCCGCGAUAAUAUUUUUCGCACUAGAAUAGUGCAAGUGGUCAUUGUUACGCAUUUUUUGGUGGUUUAAACUAAUUUUGUGUGUUCAGUAUCUCCCUUAGAAAAAGUAUAUUUCUACAUUUUUAUUGUUAUUUGAUUAAUUUUGAACCGCUUUUUUUGUAAAAUCUUUGUAUAUACAACGCUUGUUAAGCUAACAACGUGCCUAAUCGG